GCUUUUUACAGGCUUCCUCUUCAUUUGAAGUGAAAGAUUCAAGUGGCAAGGUCUGCAUAAUUGCUGAUCUGACAGUAGCCUUCUCAGUGGAAUACAGAAGCAAUGGGCAAAAAGAGCUUGCACACUUUCUUCUUCCCCAAAAUGCUGCUGUAGACUCUCAGAGCUCGUGUGGUAAAGAUAACACAUCCCAUCCUGUUCUGGUCUUGGAUUUUGGAGCAGGACAUUCAUUAAGCCUGAAUUUCUCAGAAUCUGCAGACAAGUACCAAGUUGAAGAGUUUGUUUUCCAGUACAAUUUGUCAGAUGCAACUUUAUUCCCUAACUCAAGUGCAGGAGAUGUGAAGAAGGUAUCCCACAAAAGCAACAUUCAGGCAAACAUGGGCACAAGGUACAGAUGUAUCACCUCCAAGCACAUCAGCACGAGGAGUGUGAACAUUACUUUGAGCAAUGUCACUUUGGAAGCUUAUCUGACCAACGGCACUCUGAGUGUCAACA